AUGCCACGACUCCGAGGGGAUAAUCAGUCGACGACAACAAAAGAUGCGUAUCCACCGAAACUAUGGUCACCAGUUCAAAUAAGUGAACUUAAAGAUAUACCAUUCAAAAGCCAGAGAUACUCUGGUCGAGGUCAGCAUCACCAGCAGCGGUAUCUGACCAAUUAUGAACAAUUAGAGGCAAAAGGACAAAAUAUGAGAGGAGUUCAGACAAAACAGGUCGCAUUGCAACCACGAUUUCUUACACCUAAACAAAUAUGCCAUCAACAGCCUAGUGAAGAUUGCGAUAACGGAAAUUUGAGAGUUCAAGGGAAUUCUGGUACAGAGUCAAAAACUUCAUCAAUUUUCCCGGCCUAUAUAAACUCAAACCUUACUUCCGCCGCCACCAAUACCAUGAAUGCGGACAGUAGCAAUAUAAGUGAAUCAUUCUCCUCUUCCUCCUCCUCUUCGCAUAUCACUUCAGCUUCCUCUUCGCCAUGCAUGGACGCCUUAUUUGUAGGGCUGAAAGACUCCUUGGCAGCUUCCUCCCAAGCUAACCUCCUUCACUACGCAUUCUACCUGCCCGGCAACGAAGCAACUAGCAAUAGUUCAAGUUUGCUUCGUAGAAAUCAAAGCUACUGCAACUAUACGGAUUUCCAGAACAAGGCAAACAAUGCCUCGGCGAUGGAGUCAUUGAGUUUAUCUUCUCCACCUUCCGCUCAGUUUUCCACGAGGAUAGGCCAGCCGACCAGUGCAUGCGAAUGUCAUAGUGAUGAGAAGAAGCGACUUCUUUCGACCAACGAACCCAAGGAAACAGCGAUGGACUUCUGCACGAACGCCUCGCAGAUGGUACCUUUAAUGUGCCUAAACAACCAGGCACCAAUUACUCCCAGAACGUUCAUCCACUCGGCUCUCAUCGCCUAA